AUGACGAUGCGUGCAGCGUUGUGUUCAAGCUACGGCCCCGUAGAUGAGGUGCUCUCCGUUGUGGAGGAUGCUCCACGCCCAACCUUCGACCCCGCAGGCAAGGCGUCUCGGGGAUACGCCCUUGUCCGGGUUCAAGCGACCGCUCUGGCACCCGGCGACGUACGCGUGCUAAGCGGCCGAACGGCUGAAAUACAGGGCCCGCCGUCUCUCCCGUACGUCCCCGGCGGUGCCGACCUCUGUGGUGUGGUGGAGGCCGUCGCCGACGGGGAGACGUACCUCAAGGUGGGCGACAAUGUGGUGUCCCAGUUCGACCGCAACUGGGGUGGCCUGGCCGAGUACGCGCUCGCCAAGAGCAGCCAGUGCGCGCGGAACCCGCCCGCCGGUCUAUCCCCGGCGGAAGUGGCCGCGACCGCUUCCAGCGGCGCCUCGGCGGUCGUGAUCUCCCGCCAUGUGAAGCGCGGCGACCGGGUUCUAGUAAUCGGGGGUUCCGGGGGCGUCGGCACGUUCCUGGUGCAGCUCGCCCGGGCCAAGGGCGCCUCCUACGUCGCCGCCGUGUCCACGCAGACCGAGCUGAUGGCGGAGCUCGGGGCGGACAAGUCCAUCGACUACCGGGAGGAGGACGUCUGGGCCUCGAGCGAGUUCCAGGCGGAGGCCGGGAAGUUCGACGUGGUGUUCGACCUGGUGGAGAAGGGGUGGGACCGGGUGACGUCCAAGGGCGGGAGGGCAAAGCCGAUCGUGAAGACCGGGUGGCGAGGCGGACGCUUUGUGACGACGGUGCCUCCAUGCGGGAAGUGGUUCGAUGGUCACUCGAUGUGGCAGGUGGUCCGCGUCUUCAUGCUCCCCGUCCUCGGCAAGAUAAUCGGCACGUCGCUGUGGCCGUGGGGACGGCCGCGCUACAAGUUCGUCUUCGGCCUCGGUAUCGACGCAAAGCGCACUCAGUUCGCGGAGCUGUUUGCGCUGAUCGAAGCUGGCGACGUACGCGUCGUGCUGGAUGGGGGCCGCCCCCGCCCGUUCACCACGGAGGAGGUCCGCGCGGCGUUCAAGCUCCAAGAAAGCGGGCAUGCCCACGGCAAAGUUGUGGUGCAGCCGUUAGCUGGAGUGAAACUUCCACGCGGACUCCUGAUGCUCACACUCGGCGAAGCCUUCAACCAGCCGUUGGACAGGGUGGAAUUUUCCAAUGGACUGCAGAUGCCUGCUCUCGGUAGGUUCUUUGACCAGUCGUUGUGUGAAGUGAACUUGCCCGGGGGACUACAGCAACUGGCGUUCGGCAGAGGGUUUAACCAGCCCAUCAGUGACGUGGUCUGGCCUCAAGGGGCUUCGAAAAAUCAUUUUCAGCCAAGAGUUUGA